AUGGGUGUCCAAGAAGUUUUAAAGAGAAAGAGCGGUGUCAUUGUCGGUGACGAUGUCAGAGCCUUAUUCGACCACGCUAAGGCCAACAACUACGCUAUCCCAGCUAUUAAUGUCACUUCCACCUCUACUGCUGUCGCUGCUUUAGAAGCUGCUAGAGAUGCUAAGUCUCCAAUCGUUUUACAAACCUCUAACGGUGGUGCUGCUUACUUCGCUGGUAAGGGUGUCUCUAACGAAGGUCAAAACGCUUCCAUCCAAGGUUCCAUCGCUGCUGCUCACUACAUCAGAUCCAUUGCCCCAGCUUACGGUAUCCCAGUCGUCUUACACUCUGACCAUUGUGCUAAGAAAUUAUUACCAUGGUUCGAUGGUAUGUUAGAAGCUGAUGAAGCUUACUUCAAGGUCCACGGUGAACCAUUAUUCUCUUCCCAUAUGUUAGAUUUAUCUGAAGAAUCCGACGAUGAAAACAUCAGUACUUGUGUCAAGUACUUCAAGAGAAUGUCUGCCAUGAACCAAUGGUUAGAAAUGGAAAUAGGUAUCACUGGUGGUGAAGAAGAUGGUGUUAACAACGAACACGUCUCCAAGGAAGACUUAUACACUUCCCCAGAAACUGUCUUCGCUGUCCACGAAGCUUUAGCCCCAAUCUCCGCUAAUUUCUCCAUUGCUGCUGCUUUCGGUAACGUUCACGGUGUUUACAAGCCAGGUAACGUCGUCUUAUCCCCAGAAAUCUUAGGUGACCACCAAAAGUAUGCUGCUGAAAAGAUUGGUGCCGCCGCUGACUCUAAGCCAUUAUACUUAGUAUUCCACGGUGGUUCUGGUUCUACUCAAGAAGAAUUUAACACUGGUAUCAGCAACGGUGUUGUUAAGGUUAAUUUAGACACUGACUGUCAAUACGCUUACUUAACUGGUAUCAGAGACUACGUCUUAACCAAGAAGGACUACAUUAUGACUAUGGUCGGUAACCCAGACGGUGCUGACAAGCCAAACAAGAAGUACUUCGACCCAAGAGUCUGGGUUAGAGCCGGUGAAGUCACUAUGACUAAGAGAAUCGACGAAGCUUUAACCAUCUUCCACACUAAGAAUGUCUUAUAA